GUCAGCAUCAGAAAUUACAAGGCAUAAAAUUGGGCGCCACUUUCUGCAAUGAUCGUUUCUGCAAUUGAGCAGUAAAAUGAACGCCUAAAAACAGUUCGAUAUCUGCAAAUGCGAGCACCAUCUCUCGGAGCGCACAUUUCGUUCGCCAAUUUGCGCACAAGAUGUCAUGGUAAAGCUGCACUGUCCAAUACACCACUUCACAGAAACUAUUCCGAGCAAUCGAAUCGGCCACGGACUUUUGAAUUGGAGAGCGCUGAUGGUAUCAUCACGUUGCACAGUAGGCAAAAGCAUAAGCAGUAUUUGGGGGAGCUCCUACUCUCGCCGCCGCAAAAGAUUGGUAAUUAUAUUCGUCGCUGCGAGACAAUUCAUGCGCAGAUAAUUUUGUCAGGAUUUGAGUCGAAUGUGUUCCUCAAUAACAUUCUUAUCACGGUUUAUGCGAAGGGUAUUGGAACUUUCCAAACUGCCGCCCACCUGUUCGAUAAAAUGACUGAAAGGAGCUUAAUUUCUUGGUCUUCGAUGAUUUUGGUGUAUAACCAAAAUGGGUAUAAUGCAGAGGCUUUGAAGUUAUUUAGGGAGUUUAGGAGAAGUAGCAGUGACAAUCCAAACGAGUUUGUUUUUGCUACUGUAGUUCAAUCUUGUACUGAACUGAGAAGUACCAUUAACGGUAGGUACAUUCAUGGCUGUGUCAUAAAGGCUGGGUACAACCAGAAUCCUCAUGUAGGCACUUCUCUUAUUGAUUUUUAUGCAAAAACCAGUGAUUUGGAUGCAGCAAAAUUCGUUUUUGAUGAUUUGGGAAAGAAAACAGUGGUCACGUGGACAGCCAUUAUAAUGGGAUUCUCCAUAAAUGGAGAAAGCAAUGUGUCACUGAAUCUAUUCAGGAAAAUGGUGAUGACUGGUAUUGUUCCUGAUAAGUAUGCUCUUUCCUGUGUCUUGAAGGCAUGCUCGAUGCUUCAUAUGCUCGGGUUAGGGAAGCAGGUUCAUGCUUUUGUGCUGAGAAAUGUCGAUAACAAUGAUGUAUCAGUCGGUAAUGCACUUAUUGGUUUCUAUUCUAAAUGUGGAGAACUGUUGGCAGGGAUCAGAAUUUUUCAUCAGAUGAUGGUUAAAAAUGUUGCUUCUUGGGCAACAAUGGUGUCUGCAUAUAUGCAGAACGGCUUCCAUUACGAAUCAAUGGCUCUGUACAAGGAAAUGGUUAGAUUAAGGUGGAGCGCAGAUGGAUUUGCUUGUGCGAGCUUGCUCAUUUCUAGUGGUUCUGUUGGGGCUCUGGAUCUAGGCAAGCAAGUCCAUGCUUACACCAUCAAGGUAGAUCUUGACACCGAUGAAUUUGUUACCAACAGUUUGAUUGACAUGUACUGUAAAUGUUAUGUUUUAACUGAUGCAAGAAGAGUCUUUCUCAUCUCUGGAAGAUGCACCGCCAUCUGUUAUGACGCCAUGAUUGAGGGUUACUCGAGGCAGGCAAGUUUAUGCGAGGCCAUUGACUGUUUCAAUGAAAUGAGGCAUGAUUUAAUCUCACCGAGCCGCCUAACAUUUGUCAGCCUUCUUGGCGCUUCAGCCUCUGAAUUCGUCUCCCGACAGCUCCACUCUCUCGCCAUCAGAUCAGGUUUCUCUGCAGAUAGUUAUGUUGGCAGUGCUUUAAUAGAUGUUUAUUCAAAGUGUUCGUCUAUUGAAGAUGCAGGGCUAGUAUUUGAGGAGAUAAGCAAAAAGGACAUCGUCGUCUGGAACUCUAUGUUGUUCGGAUAUGCCCUCCAAUCUGAAAGCGAGAAGGCUCAUAAACUGUAUUUAGAAUUUCUGCGCCUGGGAGAAAAUCCGAACCAGCACACAUUUGUCGCUAUCGUCAUGGCUUCUAGCAAUCAAGCGAAUCUGUUCUACGGCUUCCAGCUUUACAACCAAGCUGUAAAGACAGGAUUGGAUUCUGAUCCCUUCGUUACAAAUGCAUUGGUGGAUAUGUAUGCAAAGUGCGGAAACAAUGCGGCAGCAGAGUCAAUCUUCAACAAUGCUAUCCAUCGAGACACUGCCUGCUGGAACUCGAUCAUAUCAAUGCACGCAAACUGUGGAGACGCCGAGACAGCCCUCGGCACGUUCAAGCAAAUGAAGGCAGACGGCGUGCAGCCUGACUACAUCACAUUUGUUGCUGUGCUUUCGGCAUGUGCGCAUGCGGGGCUUGUGGACGAAGGACUUCAUCACUUCAGUUCCAUGGGUCAAUUCAAGAUUGAGCCGGGGGAAGAGCACUACAGCUCCAUUGUUUCUCUGUUGGGCAGAGCUGGCAAGUUGGACCAAGCUAGAUCAUUCGUCGAGAACAUGCCAUUCCAACCCACAGCGCAUGUCUGGAAGAGCUUGCUCAGUGGUUGCAUAGCUAAUGGCAAUCUGGAACUUGGCCAAUACGCGGCUGAGAUGGCGAUUUCUUCCGAUCCGAGGGAUAGCGGGUCGUAUGUGUUGCUUUCGAAUAUUUUUGCAUCGAAAGGUAUGUGGACGGACGUCAAGGAAGUGAGGAGAAAAAUGGAGAGCAAUGCUGUGGUAAAAGAAACUGGCUGUAGUUGGAUUGAGUUAAACUAAAGAUUCAAAUAACUAGUAGAGGCUCGAGUUCCCACGUCGUAUUCUUGGAGACUAAGCUCAUCUGGAUCAGCCGAUCAGAUACAUUUUCUCAGCUCAUAAAUCACUUUGGCAAAUGAAAACAAUGUUGGUUCUUUCAAUUAUUUA